AUGCGCGCCCUAUUGGCAUCAAGCAGCUGGUGCAAGGCCUCGACUGGACACACGGAUUUCACACGAUGCUUCAGCGACAGUCGUGUAGCUAGAUGGCGCAGGAAAAUCAAGGCUUUCGUCAAGAGGAUCAUCAAUCGUACCAGGCAACCUUCGCUGGAAGACGGUCUCCCGCCUACAAGCGAACAUGCGCCGUCAUGUGACACACUUCCUCCUCUAGAACCCGAACCGUGUCGCAGGGACAACGCCCCCACUCUGCUCACUCUUCCACAAGAACUACGUGACAUGAUCUAUGAACACAGCUUUCAGGUCACCAUCGCCACCGCUACCCUGAACGGUACUCCAAAGCAGUAUAGAAUGCUACCUCCUCAUCUUUCUGAGGUCUGUCAGCAGAUUCGCCGCGAAACCAAGAAUGUCCAGCGUGGGAAUCACAAGGACUACUGGCAGUCCCCUGAUCGCACCCGAAAGUUCUGGGAGACUCCUCAAAUCAUGCAUACACACUGGGAGUCCUCCAUCCACUGGACCACUGUUCAUGACACGCCGUCCAGCCGACAACACAAGCGGGUCCUAUUCGAUGUUGAAAUGUGGUCAAAAAACAUGUGCAGAGUGCAGGUCUACUCCCAAAGCUCGGACUUGGCAUCUCAUCAGUGGAACCAUCUAGCGAGAAUCACCUUUGGCAAUUACAUGUUUAGUGUAGUGACUGAUUACUCCAAGGAUGACAGUUUGAUCGAGACAUAUAUGCAACUCGCACAGGACGCACUAUCGUCAAUGCGACACGUUGUACCCCAUUGCAUGAGCGCUGAAGCUCUAGAUCGCAACAUGAAGCUUGGCGUCUUACGCAUCGUCCGCCAGGUCUUUCAGGAGGCGCCGAGUACUCUUGGAGUGACAACUUAUGGCUCUAGAGACCUGACCCGAAGACAUUUCAUUGCCCAGAAGUUCGAUUUGACGGAAUUGCAACACGACACUGAUGUGUGGGUCGCUUUCCACCGGAAUCGCCUCCAUUGGCAUUCGAUGUCUGGAUGA